AUGUCCAAUGCGUGGCCGGUGGGGCCCCAGGCAGAUGCCAAGGCGGCAGCCAAGCAGGUGAACGCCGUCAAGGAGGUCUUGCGCGAGGUAGACAGCUCGAUACCAAUCGUCCUGGUUGCUGGCAACCAUGACAUCGGCCAGGUCCCUUCCCCCAACGAGCUGGACCUCUACUCUUCCAGAUGGGGUGAUGACUACUUCUCCUUCUGGGUCGGCGGAGUCUAUUUUAUGGUCAUCAACUCCCAGUUCUACAUGGACUCUUCGAAGACCCCGAAUCAGCGAAAGGACCAGGACACCUGGAUCGAAGCACAGUUCGAGGCGCUGAAGAAGAGGAAGCCAAAGCAUGCGGUCGUGCUCAGCCACGUGCCGCCUUUUAUCGAAGAACCUGAUGAGCCGCAGGGCUGGGCCAACUGGGAGACCGAGCCCCGCGCGCGCAUCGUCAAGCUGGCCAAAGAAGCCGGUGUCAGGCUCUGGCUCUGUGGACAUUACCACGGCAACGCUGAUGCCUACGACGACGACCUUGAGGUGGUGACGUGCGCCAGCGUUGGCAGCAACAUCAACUGGAUCGAAGAGCCAGGUGUGGUGGCGACGUCCACGCGGCCCAAUUUCGAAAAGUGUGUCGGUGAGCCGCCCUUCUACGCGGAUGCGCAGCACUCGGGGCUGCGGAUCGUUCGUUUCGACGACGAGGGUAGCAGGUUAGUGAUGACAGCGUCGCAAUUUGUUGCAUUCUUCUGUCCAGCGUUCUCGAAUCCCUCUCAAGCCUGCGGAGUAACCUUAUGCCCUUGGAAUCGCUUGGAGAAAGUAGAAGGCUGUGUGAGUGUGGAUUCUGUUUUUGGCUGCUCCUUGCUUGUGUACCAUGUGCUCUCCACGCUGCAUGUGCCAUACUUUGCGGCUUGGCUGGCUAGGCUUCCCGCCCAGGAUGGCGGAGGCAAACACUGGGAGCCGAACUUCGGGGCCUUCAGGGGUUCAAAGAAGCGAAGCAUCGACCCGUUAAAUCUCGACGAGCGAAUCUUCGUCAAGUGCCGCGGCGACCGUGAGAUCCGAGGGAGGCUGCAUGCCUUCGACCAGCACCUGAACAUGGUGCUCAGCGAAGUAGAGGAGAUAUCCUACGUCCGAGAGGAAGUGCCUGGAAAGGAGGAGCCCGAGAUCAAGGCCAACCGACGGGGCAUCGAGAUGAUCUUUGCCGGGGACCUCUGCCCGAUGCUUGGAGCCCCGGAGCAAGAGCUGGGCAUCGAGGGCUGGGGAUCAGGGUGUUUCGGGCGGGGGACGAUUCGACAGGAGAGGAUCCGAGUUGAGGCAAUGCGUGAAACCUUGCCCGAGAUGUCGUCGCUCCCGGAGGUAGAUAUCGGAUUGAAGACUAGGAUCAGAGAUGUUGGACACGACCCCAGCGCCAGAACAUCCGGCACACAGGUUCCGCCAGGGACUGAGAUCACACGGACGGUUUACUGCGCAGUGCUUCAGUGGAAGCGAAAGUUUGGUUGGAUCAGACCGGAUGUAGAGCUGGAGCAUCCGGAGGCCUUCAAGAACAACUGGAGGGUGUACGUGAACGUCGUGGAUGUGAGAGGCCAAGCGCUCUACAGCGGUGCCAGGGUGUCUUUUUACAUCUAUAGCGAUGGCAAAGGCCUCGGUGCGGAAGAGGUCUUCCUGGAGGGGCGACGGGGCUGCUGGGCCGGCAAGGGGGCCAGGCCCAAUUUUCCACAGCACCCAUCGAAGGUGCCAGUCCAAAAGACGUUCCAGAAGGAUUGGGCUCCCCGCCAUUGUGCCACGGCGCGAGGUGGCAAGAAGGGCGGCAAGAAAGGCCUCGGCCUGAACGUGAAGGUCAACGAGGGCAAGCAGCAAGUUGCUGAGCAAGAAGUUGAGCCAGACCCUGCUCACACCGAUGGGCCUGUAGGGCCGGACCGUCGGAAAAGAACGGAGGAAGGGAGCGCGGGCCGUUUGUCCUGGUGCUCCUCGGAGAUGCGUGGUUGGCGGCCAGCCAUGGAGGACGCCUCGUGUGUCUGCCUGAACCUGGAAGAUCGCCUCGCCAACUUUGCAUUGUGCGGGCCCGAGUGGGGAAAUGCCGUGUCCUUCCUGGGCGAAGAAGCGACGGAGCACGGUAAAGACGAAAGGAGACCGUGGUGA